CUUGGCCACAUCAGAACUGUUAGUGUGGCACAGGACGAAGGAGCAGCAAUCUACCUGCCUCCCAAGCCAGCACUACCUGAAGUGCAAAGAAUUUCAUUGACGUCUAAUCCUUCGAUGAAAAGAACUCCUGAAGUCAUGGUGGCCUCAUGGCUUCUCUCCACUCUCACUUUCGUGCUUCUCAUUAAAGAGACUAGCACAUGGACUUACCACUUCUCUGCAGAAAACAUGACUUAUGAUGAGGCCAGUGCUUAUUGUCAGCAAAAUUACACGCAUCUGGUUGCAAUCCAAAAUAAAGAAGAGAUUGACUACUUAAACUCCAUAUUGGACUAUUCGCCGAGUUAUUACUGGAUUGGAAUCAGAAAAGUUAACAAUGUGUGGAUCUGGGUAGGGACCCACAAGCCUCUGACGGAAGGAGCCAAGAACUGGGCUCCAGGUGAACCGAACAAUAAGCAAAACAAUGAGGACUGCGUGGAGAUCUAUAUCAAGAGACCCAAAGAUACGGGCAUGUGGAAUGAUGAGAGAUGCAGCAAAAAGAAACUUGCCUUGUGCUACACAGCUGCCUGUACGGAAGCAUCCUGCAGUGGUCAUGGCGAAUGUAUAGAGACCAUCAACAACUAUUCUUGCAAGUGCUACCCCGGCUUCAGUGGACUCAAGUGUGAGCAGGUUGUGACCUGUGAAGCACAGGUACAGCCUCAGCACGGGAGCCUGAAUUGUACCCACCCUUUGGGGAACUUCAGCUACAAUUCUUCCUGCUCUGUCAGCUGUGAAAGGGGCUACCUGCCAAGCAGCACGGAGACCACAUGGUGUACAUCCUCAGGAGAGUGGAGUGCUCCCCCUGCAACCUGCAAAGUGGUCGAGUGUGAUACUAUGGGAAAGCCUGCCAACGGGGAUGUAAAAUGUUCCCCAAGCCAGGGAAGCGCCCCAUGGAACACGACCUGCACAUUUGACUGUGAGGAAGGAUUUACACUGCUGGGAGCUCGGAGCCUCCAGUGUACCUCAUCUGGGAGCUGGGACAACGAGAAGCCAACUUGUAAAGCUGUGUCAUGUGACACCAUCCACCACCCUCAGAAUGGCUCAGUGAGUUGCAGCAACUCCUCUGAAGGGAAGUUCACCUUCAGGUCAUCCUGCAACUUCACCUGUGAGGAAAACUUCCUGUUACGGGGGCCGGCCCAGGUGGAAUGCACUGCACAGGGCCAGUGGACACAGCAAGCCCCAGUGUGUGAAGCUGUGAAAUGUGAUCCUGUGCACACACUUGAGGAUGGCUUUGUGAAGUGUACUCAUCCCCAUACUGGAGAAUUCACCUACAAGUCCUCCUGCACUUUCAACUGCAGGGAAGGCUUUGAAUUACAUGGGUCAGCUCAACUCGAGUGCACAUCUCAGGGACAGUGGGCACAGGAGCUCCCCUCCUGCCAAGUGGUACAAUGUCCAAGCCUGGCAGUUCUGGGAAAGACGAAUGUGAGUUGCAGUGGGGAGCCUGUGUUUGGAACAGUGUGCAAUUUUGCAUGUCCUGAAGGGUGGACACUCAACGGCUCUGCAGCUCUGAUGUGUGGUGCCGAAGGCCAGUGGUCUGGGAUGCUGCCUACCUGUGAAGAACCCAUUGCGUCCAAUGUUCCCUUGGCAGUUGGGCUUUCUGUUAGUGGAACCUCCUUCCUGACGUUAACCUCAUUUCUCCUUUGGUUUCUGAAGUACUUUCGGAAAAAAGCAAAGAAAUUUGUUCCUGCUAGCAGCAGGUACGUAGGCCUUGAAGCACAUGGAAACUGCCAAGUGCCUUCUCACCUCAUUUAAAUUCAAAAGAAUCAGGAACAUGGAAGCCCAUCCAAGGAACUAGAGCAAUAAAUGAAAAUGGCAGAUACAGAGAACUCUCCUAGUGUCUCUGGCUCUUCUCAUCUACUGUACCAAUGCCAUUAUAGGAGGGCUGUAGUAACGACCUUGACUUCAGUGGAUCAAAAUCCAGUGGAAAAGGCCAGCCUUCUACCAAUAAGAUUCAGUUUUCUUUUUCCUGUUCUCAGGACCAAGAACUUGUGGGUGACUGAAGGGAAAAGUUAUUCUCUUCCAAGCCAAGGUGCAGAGACCAGGGUCUGGAAUAUCGGGAUUCCUUUGCUAACUCUCUCCCCUUGCUCACUCUGAACUCCCAGUGGAGAAACAGUAUUUUGUGGCUUUGUUUAUUUAUUUUGCCCCUCAUAGUGUUCAAAUGCUAAUUACAUGGUUGCUGUCAGGGGGAUAACUAAUGAUUAUCAAAAGGAAAGAGAUUGGCCAAAGGUAUUGCUUUCUAACGUGAAAAAUGACAAACUUCCUGGGAGGAUUGUUAAUGGUGCAAGGUGCAAACCCUACUUAAUGCUCUGUGCAAGGAUUAUGAAGCACAGUUGUAAUUACUUUUAUCCCUAUGGGAUUCACUAUGUUUUAAAGUGUGCUUAGAGAUGGUAUUCUUUCUAUUUGUAUUGAAUAUGACUUAACCUUUCAUCAUUCUUAAUUCAGUACAAGUUAUUAUAGGGACCUUAAAAAUUUGCACUAUAUUGUGGACUGUUAUAGGAUAAAAGUUGUUUAUCCUGGACUACCACUUCUCUGUUUAUUAAUGAAUUCUAACAUUACAUCUGUAGUGAUUUUCUUUCAAACGAGGGCAGAUGUUGUCUGCUAACACUGCACAAUGUUAACCAGUCUGAAGUUUUAAAUGUUUUACUACAGCUGUUUUUAAAGCAUGGUACUAACAGGAGCACACAAACUCAAUAGAGAGUUUGCAUAUUGUCAGGAUAUUUUUUCAGAAAUAAGUGGUUUUAUGAUGAAAAACAUCCAUGAGGCCAACUGUUCUGAUGUGAAGAAAGCAUAGAGGAAAACAAAACGAAGUGCAAUUUUAUAUGUGUCUUUGUUGAGAAAAAAUGUAGAGAUGUGGAUGUGCUUUGUUUUCCUACAGAUGUUUGUCAGAUGUGAUGUGUGAACAGAUAAUCCCUGUAUAUUCAUAAGUCUGGAGAGAAACUCACACAUAAAGGGCUUUUCUAGCAGAUUUUUAAAAAUGAAGAUGUCUAAUAAUUAUUCCCUAGUUAUUUUAUUCUGUAUUUUAGGUUGUUCUCAAAGAGGGAAAAUGCUGUGUAAGCAAGUAUUCAUGCCUAUUUAGAACCAGAGUUUAAAAUUCCUACAAAAUCUCCAGCUGUCAUCUGAUCACUGGGUGAGAUAGUCUUGGUCAGUAGUUGCCAAAACUGCCCAUCCUCAUGGUGGUAUAUAAGAAUCAAAGCUUUCCCAUGCUUUUCCAUGUUGAAAAAGUUUCAGAGAUGACUGGCUAGGUAUUGGCAAUAGCAAAGCCAAGAGUAUCAGGGAAGAGUGAUAAAGAUCAAAAUAGCAGAGGUUUUUUUUUUUUUUUUUUUUUUUUUUUUUUUAAGAGCAGAUUAACUGUAGGAAACAAGACAGAGAGAAAAACAUUUCAUUUGUCCCCUGGUAUCUAUAGGAGAUUGGUCCUGGGAUCCCUUGCAGAUACCAAAAUUCAGGAUGCUCAAGUCCCUUACGUAGUGUUUAAGAUAUAAUCUACACACAUUUCCCUUACACUUCAAGUCAUCUCUACAUGAGAAUGCCGAAUACAUUAUACAUGUAAUGAAAAUAAUUGCUAUAUUGUAUUGUUUAGGGAAUAAUGACAACAAGAAAAGUCUGCAUGUACUCAAUAUGUAUACAAUUAAAAUAGUUUCCAUUCAUGACUAGUUAAAUCCAUGCAAACAGAACCUGUGGAUGCAGAAGGGUGACUAUACUAUGAUCAUGCUACGUAUAGAAUGACUUAUUAUUUUCUCUGGAAUUGUUCAAAUGGUGUAAAUAUUUUAUAUGCUGUCUUAGAAGUAAUUGUGUGAAAUAUAAAUAUGAUCUGUGCUUGGGUUUUAUUAGGUAUUUUAAAUUAUGAUUUAAAAUUUAUACAAUUUUUAAAGUGUAUUUAUUUAAGCUUAUGACAGGCAUAUUGUAUUUAAUAUAGCACUAUGAAAUUUUGACAAUAAAUGGUUCAUAU